UUAACCACUUCCCAUCUGGGCCAUGUACAUAAACGGCCGGACGGGAGCGCUGCCAAUGCGGGUGGACAUUUCUAAAUGUCCUCCCGCAUCCAUUGCCUGUGCAUGCUCCCUGGGAGCGCGCCACACCGCGAUUGGUGCCCGCUGUGUCCUCCGGACACAACAGAACACCGAUCGCUGUAUGGGACCUCUGUGUCAGGUCCCGAUUCAUGUGAUCCUUGAUUGGCCAAUCAGUGAUCGCAUGCAGAGUAAUAAGCAAGAUGUCACUUCUGACAUCAUUGCUUACUACGUGUGAAAUCUGUGAAUGAUCACAGAGGUCACAUGGUACAAGGCCAUUCACAACAGCCUUGUACCAUGUGACAAGCUGUGACCACUCACAGCUCACACAGUAGUUCUCAAUGGCUGCAAGAAUGCAGCCAUAGAGAAGGAGAAAUGAUUGCUUUUACAGCCUUUAUGGGUGUAAAAGCAAUCAGUGCAAGAAAA